GCCGGAGGACAGGUAGGUCUCCCACGCCUCCAAAUAUCCGUUGUUACCCUAUCUCAUCUUUCUACAGAUCCCGUGUGUGGCACGUGUCGCAAGAAAUCUCGCAAAUGCGACAGACAACGCCCACGAUGUCAGCGCUGUAUCGACCAUGGAUUGGUCUGCGAGGGAUACCAGUUGAAUAUCCAAAUGUACAACAUGACAAACGGAGCUCUUCGCAAGACAAGGAGUGCCACCAAGGAUAAACAACUUCCACUCGCUACUACUGAGAUCUCAACCAUCAUGACUCCACCAAGCACUGUAGAUAGCACAGAUCUCUCCACCGGUACAUCUCCGACAAACAACGAAACUUUGGUCGGAAACCCUCCUCCAGUGACAUCCGAUAAUAGUAUGCAUUUUUCGGACUUGGAACAAGAGCGAGACAUGCUGAGGCAUUACAAGCAAAGUGUUUGUCCGGACUUAUGGAUUUGUCAAAGCUCUCCAAAUCCUUUUGAAACGUACAUUCUGCCUCUGGCACAUGAGCAUCCGGGGCUGCUGAAUGCGAUCCUUGGCCUAACAGCGUGCCACAUAUCGAAACCUGGAAUCUUACCGCGACACCCUCUGUUCAAUGCUACCAUAGAGUACCGGGUCGCGGCUAUUCAAGGGCUUAGUGCGCUUCUGUUGAAGGAAGAGCAAUUUGGUCUAAACGAGACCGAAGAGGAGAUCGCCUUGGCAAUCGUUCUAAUGCUUGUUUUUCAGGAUCUUUGGGAUUGUGGAAGAUCGCCUCAAGGUGCACAUCUGAACGGCGUGACAUUCCUUUGCGAUAGAUUGGCGAAUACCUCUCGAAACUUGGGGAGAAAUAGACUUUUCCUCGUGACAGCGUUGACAUGGUUCGAUGUCUCCCGGGGCUUCAGUGGAGCUGAAAAGCUUGCCUUCCCAUCUAGCAUAAGAAAGUUUGUUGCCGCGGAAGGAGGACAUAUCUUGAACUCACUCUUCGGCUGUCCCGUUCAAAUAUUCAUUGCCUUAGAUGAGAUUUUGACAGCCGGCAAAGCGUUUCUAGCCAAAGAACUCGGAGAAGACGGUUAUCGGGCCGUGCUAGAUCCGGUCAUAGCUCACCUCCAGACCUGGAGUCCGAAGCUGAGUCGAUUUCCCAAUGACGAUUUUGAGUGGGGAUUAUUGGGAGAAAGUUUCCGACAUACAGCUAUCCUCCGAGCUCUUCGCGCUCCAGAUGCCACCAAAAUUCCUUGUAGCGAUCCUAGAAUCAAAGCUUCAGUCAACGCGAUUCUAGAUGUAUCAGCUUCGAUGCCCCGAUCGUCCUCCUAUAUGAAACGCCUCUUAUUCCCGCUGUUUGUGGCUGGGGCGGAAACCGAUUCGCCUCAUCAGCAACAGUAUGCACUCAUGUGUUUGGAAAACAUCAGAGAGAUGACAGGAAUGAGCUAUCGUCGUAGCGUCUUCACAAUUUUGAACGACACGUGGGAGGACCGCAGGAACUCUGAUGGCACAGGUAACAUUCCGUGGUUUAAUCAUACCUGCUCGAAAGAUCUUAUCAGACAGCACGACUAUUUAUUCUUUUGAG